GCUCCUCGCUCUUCGCGCCCACGUGAUCCCGACGCGACGCGACGCGACGAGCGCCGGGGCAUCCGCCGGAGCAUCCGUGCCCGCCGGGUGCAUCCCCGGUACUGUAUCCAAGACCGCCGCCUCUCCUCCGCACUUCAUGAGCCGGCGAAAAAUCUUCUGCUGGAGAGGAGAUGACUUUGCUCCAUGGGUGACCGAAGAUAUCCGCGUCGCCCAUCGGAAUGCAGUGUACGUUUGUCACAACUUCUGGCGCAUCCGGACGUGCCAUAUCUUGCGCUACUAAUGACGGACAAGCCCCCUUCAAGUUCAGCGCACCCCUUGAAGCCAUAAUUUUUUUGUAAUGGAGCCUGACAUCGUUGUUCAGGGUGUCAUCGAUCUCACAUUCCAGGUCGGUUCCGGCCCAAUUUGUGUCGAGGGUCAUCUCGAAGCCCCCCAUGAGCAAGCCUUCAUCGACCUGGCCGAGGGCCGGACCCAGAUUCUCGUCGGUUGGCUCCCCGGCUCGCACGAGACUCACCUAGCGUCAUUCCGGAGCGAGGUCCUUGUUCUCGGGGAGGAGGAGGGCACGCCGGCUGUGUACGACCCGUAUUGCAUUUGGGCGUCCCCGACUAUGUCCCAGCGGAGACGAUUACAGGGCAUCAACCCUGGCGCGGGCAUCUCGCGGUUCUCGAAGGAGAUUAUCUCUCGAUACGGUCUCCCACUGGGGUUCGUCGAGGGCGACAUUCCGAAGUGCUGUGCGGCGUUCGAGGAAGCGUACGCCAAGAAAGUUGCGAAGUCUAUCGCAGCCAAGCUGCCCGAUAGGACCAUCGAGGCACUGCGCAAGCUUUGCAUAAGCAAUGAAGGCGUCACGCAGAUGGACUAUCUUCACGCAGUCGAGGGCAUGAGUCCGGACGAGGCGGCUGCCAAGUGGAUCGCGGAGAGCGAGCUGCAGUUAUGA